AUGGCUGGGUUUAAAGUGACAGUUGAACUUGCUGCGUCCAUCAACCCAGUUCCAGCACUGCCUGCGUCGACCCCAUCAAAUGUAAUGGCUCUUCCUACCGCGCCUGACAAUCCGGCAUGGCGAAAUCAUGGCCACACCUUCGAUUCCCUUCCCGCGAAUGUCAAAGCUUAUGUCUGCAGGCAAUUGGAAAUACCCAAAGAAUAUGAACGUACACUUUUUCCUAACCCUCAACUCUCUAUUAUCGACUUCGUCUACACCUUUACCCCUCCACCUGCAUGCCCAGAUCAGAAACAAAAUAUGUACCAACUUCCCACUGGCCACUCAUUUUUUCAGACAGGUUUACCAGACCUAGGAGACGUUUUGGCCCUCAUUCGGGUCAUGGUUCCUCCAAAAAGGAUCAUUGCAGAGCUUCUCAAAGAGGCAAAACAGAAAUGGUUGGAUGGCCAUUCUUCGCUCUCUGUCCUGGGAGAAGCACUCCUUAUCCCCUUGUGGGUCCUUUCCUUUUGGACACACAUUCUCUUUGACAUCCUUCCUGUCCACCGUGAUUGGCAAAUAUCUCUCGAGUGGCUUCGACAUGAUGAGUUCAAGCUAUUUCAAGGCCAAGUUCAGGAUGCCAUCCAUGCUCUUUCAGCCCUUCCCUGGUCAGGCUACCUUUCCCCCAUGUCAUCCAGCACCUCCAGCAUGAGCCUUCUCAAAUCCACCCUGUCACUGUUCCUGUCAUGCAAAUGGCUAUCCAACAAAAACACUGACCAAAUGACACACUUGCUCCAGAAGGGAGUCGAAGGGUCCAAAUCCCAUUCGAACAUCAUCUUCUUGAGCAACCAGAUGGGGCGUACAAUCAUCAAUCUCUAUCUCAACGAGAAAAGUGGGAAAUCAAAGUACAACCCAGAUGGAGGGGAACACUUUCAGCGCUUUGGUGCAAGACUCUCAGGAAGUAGCCGUAUCGCAGGAAUCAUCCAUGUUAAUGGGAACCAUUGGGUUGCUGUCAUCGUUGACGUGGGAGAAGAGAAGUUCUGGUAUGGCGAUCCAGCACGCAGGUCUCCGGAUGUGAAUGUUCGGGCUGCAUUAUUGUGGUUCCUCUUGAAACAUGUUAUCCUGGUGGAGACUGCUGAUUUCAAAGAUGUCACCUUGCCCACUCCCAUGCAGGAUUUCUCACUGGAUUGGUUUAAUUGCGGUAUCUUUAGCUAUAAUGCACUAUCACAUCAUUUCCUUCAUGAGCCUCUCCUUCGCAAUACACACAACCCCAUCUAUGGUGAUCUGGGUCGUAUUGGCGUGUUCUGCAAAUUAGUCGAUGACUAUAAGCUAAAUUGCCCCCCGGAAGAGGCUGCUCUUGCUAUUACAUUUGACGCCAAAUCAUACUUUGGUUUGAAGGAGUACCAACGCGACUUGGACCACAGCCCCAGCCCACCCAUCACUCCUCGACCUGCCACUCCGCCACCUCAUGAAGACGCUCUUGUAUUAUCAAAAGCUCUCAAACAGAUGUCCGUUUCACCAAAGAAACCAAAGGCGAAGAAGAAGAAGACUGCGACAGCUGACCCAAAGAGUGCUCGGUCAGUCGUAGCACCUAUUUUCCAGAUUCCAACAGGCAGGACAAGCUCAAAGGUUUCCAAGAAGCGGAGACGGGAGGAGAGCGACAAUGAGGAAAACUUGAAGGCUCGACCACCAAAGCACACUGGCUCUGAGGACUCUGACACCUCUGAUUCCCCAAUUGCACGUAAUCCAGGUUGUCCCCGGAUUGGUCUCCUCGAUAAAUUUACAGUAGCACUCAACACUUGGCGAGGGGAGGUGCAAGCACAUCGCUGUAUUGGCAAAGGCUGCCCAAAGGUUCAUAAGCCACAAUCCUGUAUCCGAGUACUCAACCAUGCGAAACGAUGCCUGAAACUCACCUCUGACCAACACAAGAUGGCCUCAGCAGCCAGUUCAAAGGAUGCCCCCAGCGCAGUGGUGGAGAACAGCCUCAAGACCCUGCCCUUUGGCUCAUCCACUUCCCAAUCCUGUGCCCCCAACCAGGAAGCCCCACAGCCAGCAAGCUACCAGGGCGAGCCACAGGGAAGUGUCAUUGUUGUUUGCUCUUCCACCCCUUUAACUCCAUCAACACCCCCCAUAACUGACAAGCUUGCAUUCUUUGGUCCACGAGGGCAUCGUGUCCACCAUCAGGCUUUGAACGCUGCUGUCCUUAAAUUCAUCUGUGCAGCUCGUGUUGCUCCUGCGGUCGUGGAUCUUGAUGAGUGGAAGGCUAUGUUUCUCUUGCAAACUCCCAGCUACUCACCGGCGUCGCGAACAACUCUGAUGGAGAACCAUAUUAUGUCAGAGCAGGACCUCUUGUUUGAUGGCGGUUCGAUCCGGAGUGGCAACUUGUUGUAUACUGUCCAUGCCACAACAGAGGAGCAUCGUGUCAUGCUGAUUGAGGGGCAAGAAUGCACGAACAUUUCUCACACUGGUCGAUGGAUUGCAGACUUAGUUCUGAGUGUGAUGGACUUAGUAGGACGCAACCACUUUAUAGCCGUUUCUUCCGAUAACACAGGGAAUACACAAGUCGUGCGAGAUAUUCUCUCGAAUGAGGUGCCACUCCUCCUCAACCUUCCAGAUCCAGCACAUCAUCUUAACAACACAUGGAAGGAUAUCGCAAACCUGCCCUAUUUCAAAGAGCUCAUCAAACAAAUUCGGACAAUAAUAAAGUACUUCAAGCAUGCGAAUUUUGCGAAGGCUCUUCUCAAGGAACUUCGAGAGAAGAUGAACCUUGGGCCUGGUCUCGAAAGCAUUGGGAAAACCCGGUUUUCAACAUUGCUUUGGUCUGCAGAAUCCCUCAAGCAUUCCCUCAUUGCAAUCCUAGAGUUAGUUCAGGCUCAGAGGAUAGAAAUUCCGAAAGCCAAUCACAUAUUUCUCAAUGAGAACGCGCGCCUCCGCUUCGAGAUUCUACUGGUGCAAUUCAUCGAAGUCGGAAGCGGCAUUGCGCGGGCAAUCGAGUGCCUGGAAGCCGAGUCUGCAACUCCUGCCGAUGUCUACUUGUACUGGCUCGCCAUCCUCGCAUCUAUGAAGCAGGCUCUCGAGGGUUCCUUCCUGCCCGACGACGUGAAAGGAGAGAUCCGUGGUAUCAUGAAUGCACGAUGGCGCGAGUUCUUCGUCGAAGGUCCUACCAAUGCCCAUCUGGUAGCUUUCUAUCUGAAUCCAAGUUAUGCUCGCUCGUCAAUCUUCAAACGCCCCAACCCACUUGCAUUCAACAUUAUCCUUCCGGGACGAGGGAUGCCACAGGUUCCACCUGGUAUCAACAACCCGAGAACAUUCCUGCAAGUCGGCGAUUAUCUCUUCCACCUCCUCACAAUUGAGAUCCAGAAAGGCACCGACCCGUUCCUGACAGCCUGGAAGGGAAAAGCACGUCAGUUUGACGUCGCCUUUAGAGCCCAAUUCACAGCAUAUGCCCAGGGUGCUCACCCAUUCACGACACCUUUGGGUUUCGGGGAAAACCCAUACAACUGGUGGCAAGCCUUCAUUGGCACCUCGAACGGCGGGAUUCUUGCGGCUAUAGCAGUGAAAUUAUACGCUGCUGUUCCACAUUCAAUGGCCGAUGAACGCACCAUGUCAUCAAUAACUCUCCUGAACACAGCUCAGCGCAAUCGCCAGCAGGUGCCAACUGUAAUUGCAAUGGCUCAGAUAAACGGAUAUUAUAAAGGAGAAAAACCGAGGAAGCUUCGGAAGCCCUCGCGUCCUAAUCCUCUCCUCAAAUUCUUCGACAUCAAUCGCCUACUUCGCAGUAUCGAGAACGACGACGACGAUGGGAAAGCUGCACCCGACUACGAUGAAUCUGAAGAUGAGGAAGAUGUCGUAUUGAGAGGCAAGGACGAAGACCCGAACGCACCGUUACGCCCACCACCCUCUUCCGACUCGUUACUUUUUGAUUCGUCCGACGAUGAGAUCGAGAUGGAGUCAGAGGAGCUGGAGGAGAUCCUCGCCGAUGCACCAGCUUUCAGGAGGAUAAAGAAGGACAGAUUUGCGCCUGUGGUUGAGGAGGUGGUUGAGGAUGGAGGCGAAUUCAAGCUCGGCCCGUGGGUACAGGGCGUUGGGAAGUACUCACGUGCAACUGGUUAA